GGGUUUGUACAUAAACAGUUCAUCGGGCCUAUCCCAACUACAUUUGGGAGCCUUUCUCAUUUGGAAACCCUCAUCAUCUGGAGGUGGAGGCGGCGGGGGUGUACCAAUAGGAGCCAUCAUCGGCAUUGCUGUUGCUGCUGUAGUCGUUCUCCUCCUGCUUCUGGCUGCCAUGCUGCUCUGCUUCAGGCGCCAGAAGCAACGAAGUUCAAGAGGCCCGGGAACCAGCCUGGCAGCCUCGCAUUGCACGGAGUUUUCAUUGGAGGAGGUGCUCAAGGCCACCAACGACUGGUCGCAGGACAAUCUGCUUGGCUCGGGUGCCUUUGGUGAUGUCUACAAGGGCGUCUCUCCCCGCAAUGCCACCACACCGUGGGCUGUCAAGCGCACCAAGCUCGUAGCCGUGGACUUCCAGAAGGAG